AUGGAGAAGACGUCGAAGGACCAGUAUGGUCGCAAACUGUGGAAUGUUGAGGCUUACGAGGCAGAAGCCAAAAAGGGAAAAAAGCAAGAUGUGUCUGAAGAGGCCAAGGCAGCAGCUCAAAGACUAGGGUCUGAUCGCCUCAAACAUCGAGCCGAUCUUUUCCAGGAGACGGUCUCCCUGGUCAAAAAGCGUACUUUGAUUGCCGAUCCAUCGAGUGGACGGAAACGAUUUGGUUUCGUUUGUCCCAUUUGCGAUCUUUCUUUCCGUGAUACAUUGGCACUUGUGGACCACAUAAAUCUGCCGCAACACAUCAAAAAGGCUCAAGAUCUAGCGCGAGCUGAAGGAUCUGAAGUUGAAGAAGUCUCUGGAGGCUUCAGGCAUGCUUCACCUGAAGAAGUCGCUCAGACGAUCGAGACACUUGUAUCACAGAAACUACGAGAAGCUGCAGCCUCAAAAGGUCGAGAGUCGAUGCAAGAGAGGGUAAAGAAGCGUGCUGCGUUCAUGGAGAGACGUGCUAACAAGAAAAGGGAGAAGAGGAAGCGUAGGAAGGUGGGAUCCGAGAUGGAGGAUUCAGAGAUGGCCAGAACAAUGGGUUUUGGUGGGUUUGGGUCGACAAAGGUGUGA